UCCCCUGCAAGUCAAGAGAAGUGCGCCGGCGAGGCGGAGCCUGUAAAAGUUGGAAACUGUCGACCCGCCCCCCGUUCUUCUGUGGAUUCUGAGGGCGCCUGGGCAAGUGUUAAUCCCCACUCUAAAGGCGAUUCUGCAUAGCACAGACACCUGGGCUCCAGAUUCAGGACUGAAAGCCUACAAAAAAAUUGAAAAAAAAUGUGAAAAUAUUUUUAUAGAGUUGAAAGACUCAUACUUUUUUUAAAAAGUAUCUAGGUCACCAUGGCAACUGGACAGAAGUUGAUGAGAGCUAUUAGAGUUUUUGAAUUUGGUGGACCAGAAGUACUGAAGCUGCAGUCCGAUGUUGUAGUACCGGUUCCAAAAGAGCAUCAGGUUCUAAUCAAAGUCCACGCUUGUGGUGUAAACCCAGUGGAGACAUAUAUCCGCUCUGGUACUCAUUUAAUUAAGCCGACCUUACCCUACACACCUGGCACUGAUGUGGCUGGGGUAAUAGAGGCCACGGGAGAUGAAGUAUCUGCUUUCAAGAAAGGUGACAGAGUCUUCAGUACCAGAACAAUCUCGGGGGCCUAUGCAGAGUAUGCUCUCGCAGCAGAUCAUACCGUUUACCCACUGCCUGGGAAUCUGGACUUCAAACAAGGCGCUGCCAUCGGGAUCCCGUACUUUACUGCCUUUCGAGCUCUGCUCCACAGUGCCCGUGUGAAAGCUGGACAGAGCGUUCUCGUUCAUGGGGCUAGUGGAGGAGUUGGAUUAGCGACAUGCCAAAUUGCUAGAGCUUAUGGCUUAAAGGUUUUGGGCACAGCUGGUACUGAGGAGGGACAAAAGAUUGUUUUGCAAAAUGGAGCCCAUGAAGUAUUUAAUCACAGAGAAGUUAAUUAUAUUGACAAAAUUAAGAAAUCUGUUGGUGAAAAGGGGAUUGAUGUGAUUAUCGAAAUGUUAGCUAAUGUGAAUCUUAGUAAUGAUUUGAAUCUUCUGUCAUUUGGAGGAAAAGUAAUAGUUGUUGGCAGCAGAGGCCCUAUUGAAAUAAACCCACGGGCCACCAUGACGAAAGAGUGUAGUAUAAGUGGAAUCACUUUAUUUGCAUCAACCAAGGAGGAGUUUCAGCAGUCUGCAGCAGCCCUUCAAGCAGGAAUGGAAAUUGGUUGGUUGAAACCUGUGGUAGGAUCUCAGUAUCCCUUGGAGAAGGUGGCCCAGGCUCAUGAGGAUAUCAUUCGUGGUAGUCGGCCUCCUGGAAAAAUGGUUCUUCUCUUGUGAUAAUUCCUUCUUCUGUGGUCUUCUUGUUCAACUAGGAGGCAUUCUGUCCUCUAGACUUAGCCUACAGUUCCUUUAAUUAACAUUCAAUUGACUUAGUGAGUUUCUCAUAUUAAAAAACAGGAUUUUUUUUUUCUUUAGGGAACAGAGAAAGUGGAGGAAAACUUAUUUUGUAGCUAGCCAUAUUUUAUAUGCCUUCUUCUAUCUCAAUUUAAGGAGUCGUCAUAGUAGGGAAACAGCAUGUUGGUGGUCAUAUGGCAUUAGUGUGAUUUCAGAAAUUCUUGAGUGAUUCUACCACUUGAUUAAAAUGUGCGAAUUUAGCAUAAGACUCUUUGAUUUCCAAGCCUACUUAUUUGUAUCAACAGUUCACUAAUCUUCUCUGAUUACCCCAUAGCUGUAAUGGACCUGAAACUCUCUAGACAUUUUCAUACUAAUCUCAUUUGAACUUGUAAUCUUUUGGAAAGGCAAAAAUAUGUAAUACCUAGAGAAAAUUUUUUUAGUUUUCCCAGUAAUUCCCAAGCUACUAAAAUAUGCACUGCAUUCCUAAUUGAUUACCAUUUCAUGCUUUUAGUCCAUGAUGCUAGGUGCAGAGUCACCAAACAGGUAUUUCUUGAUUCAUUGGGUUUUCAGAGUAGAUUUAGAGUUACUAGGUUUUGUGAUGUGGGUCACAUAUUGUUAUUUAAAUUAAUAAGUUCACUAAUUUUGUACACUAAGAAUGAUCUGCUCUUUUUUUUAAUUCUGUAAUAAAUCCUAUAGAAUAUUAGCUGUGUAUUUGUCUAGUGUGUCUUUGUGCAAUACUGGUCUUACAUCAUUUCUGCAUGACUCCUAAUGGUUACUUUACAGUAUUCUGUUCUGAAACUUCUUUAUCUGAACUAAAUAAAAAGAUGGCCUUAGUAAUCACUA